UUACGUUCAGCACUUCACUUGAACAUUACAACAACGAGGGGCAGGAUCAUUUAAAUGAAUAUAAGAAUGGUUUUUAAACUCAGGAAAAGAUUGAGAUUGAAAUAUUUUAUAUUUUCACUAGGAUUAGCUCUCGUGAUACUAGUGUUUCAAAAUGGAAGAACGACAGAUGACUCUUUUGGUAAAGACAUUUAUACUUAUAGACGAAGAUUCUCUGAUAAUAUUUUUUCUGAUGAAAGCUUUAAAUCGGUGCAUUACAACGAGGUGCUGUUUUCCGAGAGAAGGAGAAACAUUGAUAAAAAGUGUGACAACAUGUCUCUUACUGGAAAGACAUCAGAACUUGGAAUUAAAAGUCAUCUUAUCAUCGACGAAAAAUACAAGCUUAUUUAUUGUACCAUUGAAAAGAAUGGCUGCACUUUUUGGAAGAGAGUCUUUCAAAUAUUAAAUGGCUUUAAAAAUGUUUCAGAUCCAUUUGAUACGAAAGCUAUGGCUGCAUAUGAUGGUUAUCAAACUUUGGAAAAAUUGCCUUUUUAUAAAAUUCAUAAAGCUCUAACUUCAUCAACAAAAUUUUUAUUUGUUCGGGACCCUUACGAGAGGCUUUUGUCAGGAUACGUUGAUAAACUAUUUACACCAUAUUCACGAUCUUGGUUUGAUUUAGGAAGAUUGAUAAUAGACAAAUUCAGACAAAAGAGUCCUUCGGCAGCUCCUCCCUGUGGUGAUGACGUCACUUUUGAGGAAUUUAUUCGCUAUUAUAUAAAUUCUUGGAAAGCUGGCAUUAAAGUGGAUGCCCACUUUUCGUCAAAUUACGAAUACUGUAGACCAUGUGAAAUUAAAUAUGACUAUAUAGCAAAAGUGGAAAAUUUUAAAGAAGAAACGUUGAUUUUGUUGGAAAAGCUAAAUCUGACACAAGCAGUAAAAUUUAAAGAUUUUGACUCAGAAACGGAGCGUGAUGCUAUUUUACAAGCAAUUGCUUGGGAAUUCUAUGUUUAUAAAAAUGUCGAUAAUUGCACAACAAAAGACAAAGUGCUAUUCAAGACUUUCAAAAAGAUGCAAAUUAGGGGAGUUAUUAGCAAGGAUAUACCGUAUCCCUUUUCGGACGUAUCGAAAGUUGACAUUGAUGAGUAUAAAACAGCUUUGCUCAAAGCUAAUGCCGAUUCCGGACCAAGAGAAGAGCGGAAAUUAAAUAGAAAAGAAGCUUUCAUGGAAGCGUAUCAUUCCCUGCCACAAGACUUGUUUCAAGAGUUACAAAAUAUAGUCAGUGUUGAUGCGGAGUUAUUCGGGUACAGGUCAAAACCCGACAUUAUGAAAGUGAAUAAAACAGGACCCUUUAAGUUCCGCUAUUUUGACGUUCGCGAAAGUAAUGAAAACAAAGCCUGAACGAUACGAUUUUGAUAUAUCACUAAAUUAUAUGAAUGAGAAUGUACAAGUUUAUAAAGAAGAAAAAUACAACAAUGUUAAUAUCAGCUCAGUUAAAACAAAUGCAUUACUUUACUAUUAUUUCUUUAAUUGAUUUUUUUUUUUUAAGAGCGCGGGGGGGGGGGUUACGUCGCACCAACAUAGUUUAUGUCUUAUUGCGAUUUUCCAGCUUUUCUUCUGGAGGAAGACCUAAGAUGCCGUCCGUGCAUAAGAAAAUAAAAUAUUUUUAUGCCUCGGGCAUAUACAUGUAGUAAUUAAACCACUCGUCCGUCUGUCUGUCUGUCUGUCCGUCCAUCCGUAAGAGAUAAACCUCGACAUGUUUGUCCAGAGCAUAACUCAAAAAAGCCUUUGAGAUAUCAACGUGAAACUUCAUAGGUAGAUAGUUCUCACACAGAAGGUGUGCAGUGGAUAAGAAUGAUAAUGCUACCCUUCAUAAUUUUUUAGUUAUUGCCGUUUGGUAUUUUUCAUACUUAACUUAAAAAGUCUUUGAGAUGUCAACAUGAAACUUCAUAGGAAGAUAGAUCUUAUUCAGGAGGAAUGCUGUGCGCAAGAAUAAUUACUCUACCCUUUAAAAUUUUUGAGUUAUUGCCCUUUGUUAUUUUUUAUACUUUUUGUCUGAAGCUUAUCUCAAAAAGUGUUAGUUAGAGGUAUCAACUUGAAACUUCAUAGGUGGAUGGAUCUCAAUGAAGAGGAGUGCAGCACAUAAGAACGAUAACAUACCUUGCAUUAUUUUUCAGUUAUUGCCCUUUGUUAUUUUUCAUACUUAAUUUGUUCCAGAGCAUAACUAAAGAAACCUUUGAGAUAUCAACAUAAAAUUUCAUAGUUGGGUAGAUCUCAUUCAGGAUGUGUGUAGUGCAUAAGAAUGAUAACUCUACCCGUCAUUAUUUUUGGGUUAUUGCCCUUUGUUAUUUUUUAUACAUAUUAUUUUCCUGAGUGGA